AUGUGGCUGGCCCAGAUUCGACGCGACCGCCACGACGAGCGUAUACAAUAUCAGCUGCGCGCUCGCUGGGCCUCACGGCUGCAGUCACGACGUGGUUCGGCCGUCUUAUUUCGAUCUCGUGAGAUUCGCCUCGUUCUUCGGAAAUUGCUGAUUGUGAAAUAGAAAUUGUCGUUGCGUGAAUCGAAUCUUUCCUGUAAGCUGUGAAGAAUGUAAUUUUUUUUUUUUUUCUUUCACCGAACGAUCGUUAAUCCAAGUCUAACAAUAACAUAAUUAACGCGCUUCGUGGAUAAAAUUCAUACAUUACAAAAUUUGAAACUCAUCGAAAGAAACUUGGCGUACUUUGACGAUAUGGAUGAUACGGAAGAAUAUCAUUUCGCAGCCUGACAAGUCGUAAAGUUUGGAGUGGUUCCGCGAAAGUGCACGAGUGUGCGACAUUAAGAUGUGACUGCUUAGUGAUGAUGCGGUGAUUUUUCGUCACAUUGCUAAUAACCGUUUUGCGAUCGCGUGACAAUACAAUUGCUUUACGCUUAGAUUUUAAUCAUCUUGGAGCUCUUCCGACUUGCAGACUUCUCUUGUGACUUCUCAAAUGACCUUAAGUUUCCUGGUGAGUGCAUCCUCACAUACAUGGAGUUUCAGUUGGAUAGCGCAGAAUACUGCCAGGCUCAACACAAAUAGAGAGACACGCCCAUACUCCUUGACAAUUAUUAGACAUUAAAGCAAAGAGAGGAAGGCUAGAAACAUCUUGGAGGAAGGAAGAAGGACAUUAAAGUAGUAGAGCAUUAUUACAUCGGGGAAGCCAGAAAAAUCAUCAACUAGUCAUCACGCAAGACAUAGAAGAAUUUAAUAGAAAUUAUUAAUUUACCUUAGUAGAUGCAAGCAUCGUAGAUACUGAGCGCACCUGUCACAGGAGCACCCAGUGCCAAAUAGGUAAUCUUCCGUGAACUAUAGUCAAAAAGUCUCAAGUGGGAAGAAUAAAGCGCAUAUCAACAUCGCCUAAUGUAACGUAGCCCAUACUUUUUCGGCGAAGUUCGCACCCCGACGAUCCCUUCUAAAAUCUACAUGUAAACCCACGGUUCUGUCCUCUGUAAAAAAAUAAAAUAUUCUAUUAGUUAAAUGAAAAACAACUUUAUAAGACUGACACUUAAUGGGCUAAGUUGCUGUCAAAUCCAGCCUUUGUCGCUUCGUAUAGUGUGGCACACGUACGAGAUUCUAAGAGACGAGUCGUACAAGAUCUUUAAGAGUUAAAAACAACAAGAGGGAGAUAGAUAUAUAACCAUCUUUGUGGUUAAGAAGGAAAUGAGCAACAUGAGGGUGAAGGAUAUCAGACCGGCGCCCGCCGAGAUUGAAUACAAAAACAUGAAGUUCCUUAUCACUGAUCGGCCCAAUGAUCAAACCAUCCAUACUUUUAUUCAAGAACUGAAAAAGCACAAUGUAAAGGAGGUGGUGAGAGUUUGCGAACCAACGUAUAAAGUAGAGGAACUCAAAUCAGAAGGGAUCAAUGUGAUAGAUUUGGUAUUCGACGAUGGUACAUUUCCACCGAACGAGGUGGUGGAUGAAUGGUUCGAGUUGCUAAAGAACCGAUUCCGAGAAUCACCUGACGCAUGUGUGGCGGUGCAUUGUGUCGCGGGUCUUGGUAGAGCACCGGUCUUGGUUGCAUUAGCUCUCAUUGAACUUGGGCUCAAGUUCGAAGAUGCUGUUGCCCUUAUCAGAGAAAAAAGACGAGGCGCCAUAAACGCGAAGCAGUUAACUUUUCUUGAAAAGUAUCGUCCUAAAUCUCGAUUGAAGCUCAAGAAUGGACAAAAAAAUUCCUGCUGCAUCCAAUAGAUCAAAGAACUUUUUAGAAAAAAGAGAAGCGAAGAUGAAAAAAAAGUCACUAAUUCAUACUGAUUGGUAUAAAUGUGUAGAAUUUUGCGCCUGACAACAAGUGGCAUAUUGUAGCAAAUCUGUUCUGAAUGGUCUAUCACUGGAAAUGCAACGUUGGUUGCACAAGUAUCAACCAAUUUUGGGGCAUAUUUUGCAUUAUUAUUUAAUUUUAUAUUUCAAGAUGAGCCUUUGAAUUGCUUUGAACGGAGGAAUUCGCUUUAAAAUUGUUAUAUUUCCGGGUUUUUUUUUUUUUUAAUUAUGUUAAUUUUGAUACUUGAUCAAUAUUGACCAUGGAAGAACAAAAAUUAAGUCUUGAAAUGGUAAUAACUAUUCCAUAAAAAAAAACAAUUGAAACUAUAUUAUUGCCAUUUAGCCUUACUGUAAAUCAUGACGCGAGAGUUAUUCGUACAUGUACAAACUCGUACAUUAUGUAUACUUAUCUUCUUCUCGAUUUCUACGAAAUCAAAAUUCUUUAUAAUUGCAAUAAAUAAAAAGAAAAUGAUUUGUCUAAUUAGACAAAAAAA